ACGGGGAGGAGCCAGUGGAGGAGCGCCGUUGCUCAUUUCGAGAGCUUCGUUGGUACACGUCGUCCAAUAUCAGUAAAUUGUGUCGUAAUUGUUUUGAAAUUGUCAAUUUUUGGAAAGUGCGACCAACUCCUCAACAUGGCAACAAUAAUUAGCACGCAACGGGGACAGGUCUAUAUUGGUGAGUUGCCUCAGGACUUCUUGCGGAUCGCACCCACUCAACAGCAGCAGCAGGUGCAGUUGGACGCACAGGCAGCCCAACAGCUGCAGUACGGAGGUGCUCUCGGCACGGCUGGCCGCCUCAGCAUCACAGUAGUACAGGCAAAGCUUGCAAAGAACUAUGGCAUGACACGGAUGGACCCCUACUGCAGGAUUCGACUGGGUUUUGCUGUCUAUGAGACGCCCACUGCUCACAACGGAGCGAAGAACCCACGCUGGAACAAAGUCAUCCAGUGUCCUGUCCCACCCGGGGUGGACUCCUUCUAUCUGGAGAUCUUUGAUGAGAGGGCAUUCUCCAUGGAUGAUCGAAUUGCAUGGACACACGUGACUAUCCCAGAGAACCUGCGAGAGGGCAGUGUAGUUGAUGAAUGGUACAGCUUGAGUGGAAGACAGGGUGAUGAAAAAGAGGGCAUGAUUAACCUCGUCAUGUCCUUUGCUUCGAUGCCAGCAGGAAUGAUGAUGCAGCCUCAGCCUGUGGUUCUGAUGCCUACCAUAUAUCAACAAGGUGUUGGCUAUGUGCCCAUAGCAGGUGUCCCCGGUAUGUACAACCAAGGUGUGGUGCCCAUGGGGAUGCCAGCUGUACCUCCUGUUGCACCUCAGAGCGCCCCAUGCAGUGAGGAGGACCUUAAAGCCCUUCAGGACAUGUUCCCCAACCUGGAUAAGGAGGUGAUUCGCACAGUGUUGGAUGCCCAACAGGGCAACAAAGAUGCUGCCAUAAACUCCUUGCUACAGAUGGCGGAGGAGAUUUAACUGAAGAACUGUCUCUUGCCGAUGAAGUGUUCAACUGAACCAACAAUAUAGAAUGUUAUACCAAAACAAGCACACAACCCUUCCUGUAAAUAUGCACAUUUGAGUACCAGCCCUUAAUCGUAGCAAAUUAAUCUAACAGCUUUUAUUGACUUUGUUAAAUAAGCCUUCAAAAUGAGAAUAUUUCUGUAAAGAUUUAGAGGAUGUAAGAUGAUUUUGAUAAAAUGUGUGUCUGUAUUCUAGUGACCCCAUGUCUUAAAGAUGUUUGAUACAUACUCUUAUCUGUAUGAAUUUAGUUACAUAAAUGUACAUGAAAAUAAUUUAUUUUGAUGAUGAUUAAAGAGAUUAUCU